ACACAUUGGAUAGGCUACCUUCAUCUCCGAUUAGGUGUGUGAAGAAAAGCUUAUCUAGUCACUGUACCGCUAAAUCAAGUAAAUGGCAUGCAAGUAGGGUAAACUUGGAGGGUUCAAAGAUGUUCACUGACCUAAAUGCCCAUAUCGUAAGCAGUGAACCUGACAGCCAGGGAGACUUCUUUCUUGUGACGGAAGCAUGUGAUUCUGAUGGGAGCUUCAUCUUACAUCACUUCUUGACACAGUAUCUAAAAUCUAGCAGUAAAGUUGUCUUCCUUGGCCUGGCACAGUCAUUCAGUCACUACAAUGCAGUGGCACAAAAAUUGGGUGUGAAUUUAAUGGCAGCCAGAACUUCAGGACAGCUGGACUUCAUCAGUGGCUUACAAUAUUCAUUUCCAUUAAUGAGAGAAGAAGGUUCAUCAGUUCAAUCUAGCAGCCAAGACACUAUUCUUCAAGACUGCAUAAUCUCAAAGUCUCUACAUCCACUCUACAAACAGCUACAAAAAUAUAUUGGGAAAGAGACUGGUACGCAAACCUAUGAUGGAACUCUUCUCAUGAUAGAUGACCUCAGCAUUCUACAUAGUCUAGGAGUUGAGACCAGUCAAAUAGCAAACUUCAUGCAGUACUGCCAACAAUCUGGCAGUAUUGUGAGUUUACUUCAUUGUGAUGGAGAUGAAGAUGAAGAGAUGCUAUCAUUGAGUACUCAGCUCCAACAUGCCUGUACCUGUCAUCUAAUGAUAGAGGGCUUACCAACAGGCUUUUCUAAAGACGUCCAUGGUCAGUUGACCAUCAGACAGAAAUCAUCAAAUGUAGACAAUGCAAGACCAUCAAAGAAGAUGCUACAGUUCAAGAUCACAGACAAGAACGUGUCCUUCUUCCCUGCCGGUACCUCCUCAGCGGUCCUUUGAGUGUCAAGAACGUGACCUUCUUCCCUGCCGGUACCUCCUCAGCGGUCCUUUGAGUGUCAAGAACGUGACCUUCUUCCCUGCCGGUACCUCCUCAGCGGUCCUUUGAGUGUCAAGAACGUGUCCUUCUUCCCUGCCGCUACCUCCUCAGCGGUCCUUUGAGUGUCAAGAACGUGUCCUUCUUCCCCACCGGUACCUCCUCAGCGGUCCUUUGAGUGUCAAGAACGUGACCUUCUUCCCUGCUGGUACCUCCUCAGCGGUCCUUUGAGUAUCAAGAACGUGUCCUUCUUCCCUGCCGGUACCUCCUCAGCGGUCCUUUGAGUGUCAAGAACGUGUCCUUCUUCCCUGCCGGUACCUCCUCAGCAGUCCUUUGAGUGUUAAGAAUGUGUCCUUCUUCCCUGCCGGUACCUCCUCAGCGGUCCUUUGAGUGUCAAGAACGUGUCCUUUUUCCCUGCCGGUACCUCCUCAGCAGUCCUUUGAGUGUCAAGAACGUGUCCUUCUUCCCUGCCGGUACCUCUUCAGCUGUCCUUUGAAUGUCAAGAACGUGUCCUUCUUCCCUGCCGGUACCUCCUCAGCAGUCCUUUGAGUGUCAAGAACGUGUCCUUCUUCCCUGCCGGUACCUCUUCAGCUGUCCUUUGAAUGUCAAGAACGUGUCCUUCUUCCCUGCCGGUACCUCCUCAGCAGUCCUUUGAGUGUCAAGAAUGUGUCCUUCUUCCCUGCCGGUACCUCUUCAGCUGUCCUUUGAGUGUCAAGAACGUGUCCUUUUCCCCUGCCGGUACCUCCUCAGCAGUCCUUUGAGUGUCAAGAACGUGUCCUUCUUCCCUGCCGGUACCUCCUCAGCGGUCCUUUGAGUGUCACCAACCAAAACUUCUUUCACUACAUCCUGGACCAUGUGGAAGCAGUAAGAUGCACAGCAUGUAUCGGUGAUAAGGAGGGUUCCACAGCAUGCAUGCAUGUGCUAAGUAAGGGCAUAUGUGCAGAGCUCUGUUUCUGAUUCCAACAUGACCUUCAGCUUGCCAGCCUGUAGGAGCAGGCAUGAGCACCUUUCUUAGAAUGAGUAGCAGGACGAGGAAGUUCCAGUGUGCUCUGGUGCCUUGUUUUUCGGUAAUGCUCUUGCAGUAACAUUGGAACUAACCUAAUUGUACACAGUCAAUGAUUGUGCAUCAAGACUGCUACAUGUACUCAUUUAUCCAUCUGAAGUCACCCUUGAAGACGUAAGAUAGAUCAUAAAAUACAAGAGAACAAGGCUACUCAGUAAAGGGAGAGUUUGAGAAGGGAUUUGUAGCGUCUCUUUGUAUGUUGCAUACCCUCUCUUUUUCAGCUUUUAUUUUUCAGCACCAUUAUCAUGAUAUCUCAAGAACCAUUUUAGCUGUGAACUUUAACUUUGUCUUAGUGUCUGUGUGUCAUGACAGUGAGAUGAACUAAGUAUAUUUUGAGAUGAAAAGGCUGAAGGUCAUAUAGAUCCAUAUACAUCAAAUCAAACAUUUCUAGCAUUGUUAACCAUCUUGAUAACCAUCUUGAUAACCAUCUGAGCUGUGAACUUCAAACUUAGUAAUAGUAUGCAUCAAUAUAGGGAGACAAACUAAGUAGAGGUGGAGGAUUUAGGUCAAAGAUCACAACAUUUAAUCAAUGAUAGUUAUGACAUAUUAGUGCUGUAAAUGAGUUUGUUUGAAGUAGUAAACUCAAUAGGGUAGCAAAGUGAGCAGAGUUUACAGUAGUUAAGUAAGUGCUAUUGUACAUAUUGUUUUUAAUGAACUUAUAUUAUAAAUACUCAAUAUUAUUUCAAUAUAUUAUUUAGAGACAGGUCAUUAGAUAAAUGAUUUAUGUGCAGUAUUUAUAAUAGAUGUCUCCUUGAUAGUUGUGUAAAUCAUUAUUUUGUGAUUGAAUUGUUCCAUUAAAGUUCAUUAGAUUAAAGCAUGAAUUUUUAAUGGAAUCAUUUUUUCUCAUUCCAAACACCUUGUAUGUAUUACUGAAAACAUUUGUACUGGAAAAGGGUAAUUAUGAAUUACCUUCAUAUGGGGAGAGGCAUAUUGGAGCUGCAUUUUUAUACAUUUAGUUGCUCUUUAUUCCCUUUAUUUUGAAUCCCUUUUUCUUCUUUUUUCUUUUUUGACCAUUGGAUUUGAGAGGGAAUUGGCCUUAGUACUCUUUUCGCCAUGCUACUGACUGAUUACAAAAAAAAAUUCCAUGUUGAGAUGUUGUGUUAGAUGCUUCUCAUAAUCAGAAACAUAUACACACAAAAAAGUGUAGGAACACAUAAAGCAUAGCACAUGGAAAUGCCAUCAUAUUCUAUUCAGCAUCAGAUCCAUGGUUUUAUUCAUCUCAUCUUAUGAAUACUAUUCUGAAGAAUGUUCAAGUAUGACAUUGUAUGAUGUCUAUUUCAAAUGUAUACUAAUGAUUGAAUUUUAUUUUUAAAAUUCAAGAUGGCUGCUUUUAUACCUAGUGGGAUUUUUUCUGCAAUGGGAAUGUAAAUCUUCAUUUACUAGAAACUUUAGUCACUUUCUUGGAGAUAAGAUUAGGUGUAUGGAGUAUAGUGAACUUCACUAUAGAGAACAUAGUUAUAACUUAUAAGGAACCCUUGUUUUAACAAAUCUUUUGCAUGUACAAUUUUUUUGUUUUCUAUCGCAUUUUAGCCCUGAUAAAACAAGAUUCAGUAUAACGAGGUUCUUUCCCUGGUCCCUAGGCUUGUUUAUUUUAUAUGAUGAUGUUCACUGUAUACAGUCAAUAUCAUUUGAGAUUUUAGAACAUGAAAUAAGUUAUGUGAAGUUGAAAUUAUUUUUCAGUUUCUUGCCUAUGAUAUAUAUUAUAUGGCAUAUAUAGGCUAUAAUGUAGAUCAUCAGAUGUCAUUAAUGGUACAAAUAAAAAGGAAAUUAUGUAUCUAACUCAUUUGGUUACAUGACUUUAGUUAUUUGUAUGCAAUAGAUGAGAUUACUAUUGAUACUGCAUGUAAUGAAUGAGAGACUACUGGAAAAACAGUAACUGUCAUUACUCUAAACUACUCAUAAUAUAUUUACAAACAUUUCAUGCUUUCAUGAAAAAGUUACAGUACAAUGUAUUUCAUUUGUACCUAGCCUAAAGUGUAUCUAUACUAAUAAUGAUAAAGGGGGUGUAGCAUGGCAAAAACUGUUAACGCCAUCUACGACUUCUUUUGGACAACUGCACAUGAACGAACAGACUUCAUUAUCAGCCAGCGUUCGCGAAACAGACGGAAGUUCUCCUCACACUUCCGUUUCAUGUAUUUUGCACGCACAUGAAUACUGCUAUCGCGUAGUCUGUAGUCGUAUUACACCCGAUUGGCCCCCAAGUCAGGCCACGGGAAAGACACAUAGUCUCGUCGUGCUACACUCCCUUUAAUACAUUAUCCUGACUUCCCCUAAGGAUGUUAAUGGUACGUCUUGUAAUGUGAUAUACAGAGAUUGUCUAUUUAUAUGAAGUUAAUAGAUGUCGGUGGAUGAAAUGUCA